CAUCCACCACCCUCAACAUGCACUGCUUCGACUGGUACCUGCCCAUCCUGAAGGGACACUCUGACCAGUAUGAGGAGAACUACAAGGUCUGCGCCGAAAAGUUCAAUGCCGCCAAAUGGCUGACCGACACCAGUUAUGGCAUCGCCCGCAAUGGAAUCACCUCCAAGGCCAAAGAGACCUGCGACGCCCUGAUGCGUUGCGAGUACGAGAAGGAAAACACAAAGGCCUUCGAGUGCUAUUCCAAGACCGCUCCCGAGCAGUCUGUUAUUCUGAAUACCAUCGGCAAUAACGCGACUGACCUCAACAAACAGCUCAUCGCGGAGCUAGCUCUCAUUGACUUCGAUCUCGAUGUCUGCCAAACCACGGCCGAGAGGGUAUACAAGGAGGACUCUGCCGACAGCUUUGAGGAGCUGAAUGCCUGCUUGGAGAACGAUAACUGGUCCCAACCCACCACCACUGUGUCCAAUUGAAGAAUUGUUGGGGCUAGCUUUAUAAAAAUAAGCCAUCCCUCACCUCACAACUUUUCAAUUACUUCUGGAAUAU